CUGUCCCCGCCUCCUCCUCCUCCUCCUCAUGCCCCGCCCGCCGUCUUGUUACCAUGGUGACAGUUUGCCCCCUAGCUGAGCCCAGGCCAGGCCGCGUCCCGGGCGGGCACCAUGGAGGUCACGGGCAGCACCUACCUCGGGGACUAUGUGCAUGGCAGGAUUGAAGGGAAAGGCCGCUACACUCUCCCAACUGAAACCAAAUAUAAUGGCACAAUGAAAGAUGGAAUGUUUCAUGGCAAAGGAACCUUGUAUUUUCCUAAUAGAAGCAAAUAUGAAGGAAUCUGGGACUGCGGAAUAUCGAAAGAGGGGAAAUACACCUUUGCAGAUGGUCUUGAAUUCAAAGAUAAAAAAUGGCAUUAUUGUGAUGGCUAUGACAGAAGAUUUUAUACAGAAAUCUGUUCCGGCCUAAAACCAGCAGGUAUCUCUCAGCUUACAAAUUUAGAUCCUCCCAGAACGAUUCCACAAGGCUGUUAUGACUGUGGUGAUGGAUUCUAUAAUACUAAUACCAGAGUUGUCACUGACUACAAACUCAGGUUUUUGAGGAACGCAGGGCUGGCAAACUUACUUCUCCUGAAAAACAAGCGAAGACAGGUGAAGAAAAAGUUGUGCUCAGACGAUGAUGAACAUGAAUGGAUCAUUCGCACCUGUCGGAAAGGCUGGGAUGAAAUAACUGGAUUUAAACCUAAACAGUGAACACAGUUUUAGCUUCUACCCUGAUUUUGGAAAACAUCAUUUGAUUCAUCCUUAAGUCUGAAUGUCUUGGUGGAUUUAGAUCAGCCCCUACCAUUAUGUGAAUGUAGUUUUAUAGCCUUUGUUAGCAUAAUAAAACUGGAACCAUCAUUUAAUCAACUACGUUCACAUGAAGCCAUGGAAAUAAGCUUACUAUACUUAUCCUAAUAUUCCUGAGAGGUGUGCAGUGUAGUAGGAUCAAUAUAUACACGUGACAUUAUUAAGCCUCAACAUACAAAACAUACAAACAAUUUACUAAAGAGGCUGCCUCAAAUUCAGUGCUGAAUGCAUUCAGCUCCAUUUUAGCAUUUUUCCCCAGGUCCCAGUUAUCUGUCUGGGUGUGUUUCUUUACCCUCCUUUUGCUAGUACUUUGAUAUUGACUGAUCAUUGUAAUAAUGUACACCAGUUAUUCUUUAAUGACUAGUUUGCUAACUAGGAAAUUAUAUCCAUUUACCAGGAACAUUUGUUGAACUCUCCUUUAACAAAAUAAUAAAAGAGAAAAACUGGG